AUGGACUCUGUGAAGGGCAGAGAUAUUUCGGGUUGUUACACUAUCAAUGGGUUUCCGCAAGCUCUCCAGGUCUGGGUGUACAUAGCUCUGCCGGAAUUGGGUGCUAAUUAUGGUAAACCUUUCCCAAAUAAUCCCUCUCCACCGAUACUGGCUUACAAGGGUGGCAAAGGACGCAUAUGCUUUAAAGAGGCUAUCCUCAGUCAGAAACCGUGGAAGUGGACCAUGAGUUGCUGGAAAGUCACCGGUACUUGGGUCAAUACAAAGCUGGCGGUUGUGAGUCCAGCGAAGAAAAAGGUAGUGAAGAAGAACCUGAAGGAAGACUGUCCAAGACCUUGGAAGAAAGCUCAGGCUAGUGAAGAGGCAACUGCAGUGGGUCGUUCAGAGGUGACUACGACUGUUGGUGGGUUGACCAAAGAGGAUAUUAAAGCCAUGUUGAAGGACGUGGUUGAUGCCAUGAGUGAAGGGUUUGAGACGUGCCUUAAGGAGAUCAAUGAAAGUGUUAAUGGGGCGAACGCGGGUAGGAAGAGCUUGCCGGAGGAUAAAGGUCCAGAGGUGCCCGCAGAUGCUAGUUUCUCGAAAGAUAAAGCUCCAGAAACGAGCCUUAGCCUUGUUCUAUUGGACAAAACUCAAUCUACUGUUUUGGAUUUAGAGAAGGAGGAUGCUAGAUAUUGUGAAAGGAGGGAUGCUGCUUUGGCACUUUGCCGUGCAAAGAGUGAUCGAACAAGGAGACUUGCUGCCUCACAACAAUCUCCUUAUACGGAAAACAACACGGCCAAAGUGAUCAUUCAAAACAAAAAUCUUUGUCCAGGCUAUGAUCCUUUUGCUAAACUUAACAAGAAGAAGUUGAAGGACCUCGUUGAUUGGUGUAAAAUGUGUCCGUAA